UAUUUAAGUUGCAUAUACGUAUUUGUUCACAAUAAACAAAUUAAGAGAAUCAUUAGAAGAGAGACAGAGAGAAAGAUCAUAUCGUCUGAAACUAAUAUUAAUGGGUUCCUGGAUCAAGAAGGAGUUUCUCGGAAAGGGAUCCUACGGGACUGUGCGCAAGGCAGUCCCUCUGACGAGGGAAUUAGCAGAUUCUAAAGAUGAUGAUGAUGAUUCGCCGCUGAUGAUGGUUUCCGAGAUUGCUGUCAAGUCUGCAGAUUUCGCGUCCUCAACCUCUCUUCGGGAGGAAGGAGACAUCCUGUUCUUGUUGAGUGAUUGUCCCGGAAUUAUCCGUUGUUAUGGGGAUGACGUCUCCGAGGAGAAGGGCAAGAGGGUGUACAACCUCUUGCUGGAGUUCGCUCCCGGCGGCUCCCUCAAGAGUUUGAUUGAAAGAAGGGGCGGGGCACUGCCGGAAUCAGAAGUGCGACGCUACACUCGCAUGAUCCUCAAAGCUUUAAACUACGUGCAUGAGAAGGGCUACGUCCACUGCGACAUUAAGCCACAUAACAUUCUUGUUUUCCCUUCUCAACACGGCAAUGGGAACUACGUGAAGAUUGCCGAUUUUGGACUGGCAAAGAAAGCAGAUGAAGGCAAUGGAUGGAGCGAUAUUGAUCCUCGUUUGAUGGGCCGCACUCGCGGGACUCUUCCUUAUGCUUCGCCAGAAUCUAUUGUUUGGAACAUGAACAAGUCGCCAGUGGAUAUUUGGGCUCUUGGGUGCACGGUAUCGCAGAUGAUGACCGGACGAUCUCCAUGGGAGUGCACGGACAGGCUAGAGCUGAAAUUGAAGAUAAUUCUUGGGAGAGAGCUACCCAGAAUUCCAGAAAGCAUGUCUAGCCAAGGCAAGGAUUUCUUACGGAAGUGCUUCGAGAGGGAAUGGGAAACCAGAUCAACAGCUGCAGAGCUUCUUCGACAUCCUUUCGUUCAAGGGGAGCCAGAAGAAUGGGCAAAUACGAUUAGAGUUCUAUUUGCCUUCGUCUUUGAGAGUUCUAUUUGUUUCUUCUUUCUUUGUUUUCUUUAUUUCUGUCUGUCUGUUUGUCUUUCUCUAUGAUUUGUACAGCAUUAAUUCUUUCUUUACCAAAUGCCUACAAAUUAAGCAA